UAAACACCAUCACUGAUACUUUGGCUUUAGUCACAUAGGAAAACAAACUGUUAUUUUUAGCCAAAAUAAUUUGUUAUACGACACCAACACUGAAUGUUYAAACAUUAAUUUUGGAUAAAUGGCACAAGGAUUAAGUGAUGUCAAACAUUUGUUUGAAACUAUGGAUAUUAAGGACAAUAAGCAACAAAUAACACUAUUAUUGUUGGGAGAGACGGGUGUCGGCAAAUCAACGUUUAUCAAUGCAUUUGUCAAUUAUCUAUUAUAUGAGCGAAUGAGUGAUGCCGUCAAUCGAUCGCUUUGUUUGAUUCCCACAAAGUUUUCGUUAACGGAUCCSAAAACCAAAAAACGUAAAGYUAUGACAUUUGGUACGCCCAGUGCUUAUGAAAAUACCGAUAAAACUACCGAAUCGGCCACUAAAUAYCCGCARUGCUACCCGUUUGACAUUGACGAGUAUCGUCUGAACAUUAUCGAUACGCCCGGUAUUGUCGACACUAAAGGYUUGGAUAAAGACAACCAAAAUAUGCAAAAUAUACUUAAUUUUAUAUCGCAUUAUAAUACUAUUGAUGCUAUUUGUGUGCUAUUGAAGCCCAAUGAGGCCAGAGUUGGYGUUAUAUUUAAGUAUUGUAUACUCGAGUUGCUGUCAAAUUUGAAUAGAUCUGCGGCCAAUAAUAUAUUGUUUAUAUUUACUAAUGCCCGGGGCACUUUCUACCAACCGGGUGAUACAGCCGUUUCCCUGGAGGAGGUACUGACACAAGUGAAACAGAGACCGCCUAAUGUUGAGAUCAAGUUUGACGAAAACAAUACCUUCUGCUUUGACAACGAGUCGUUCCGUUAUUUAGUAGCCGUUAGUGAACCAAAUAAUAUGGUAUUUAAUAAAUGUGUUUCCGAUGAUUAUGAAAAAAGUUGGAAUAAUUCUGUCAAUGAAUGUAAGCGUCUAAUGGAUUAUAUUAUUCAUAUGAAGCCACACAAUGUUAUGGAUACACUAUCACUGAAUCGGUCGAAACGUACAAUUAAAUUGUUAACUAAACCGAUGGCCGAUAUCAGCAAAAACAUCGCCGAAAAUAUAAAAGAAUGUGAAUUAAGAACCGAAAAGAUAUUACAAUUUGAUGGCAAUAUCAGAGAACUGGAGCGCGAACUAUACAUUCCGGUCAUUGAAAUCAAGUCAACGCCUUUGAAAAAACCGAAAACUGUUUGUUCGGACAUAAAGUGUUGCGACUACGAGAACAUUGACGGAYAAGUAGUCAAACACUAUCGGCAAACGUGUCAUUAUCCUUGUUAUCUCAACUUUGAUGACGGAAGGGUUGUCGGUACUAAAGCAYUAUUAGACUGUAAAUCAUUCAAUAWAUAUAAACGAAAUGGUCCSGAUGAAUAUGUUAGACCCGAAGAUGCAAAUCUAWWUCCCGAUAGUUGCUAUGAUGCGGACCCACAAACCGGACUUAUGAUUGUUUACAGCUGUACUCGCAAACAACGGGAUAACUGUUUAGUUUGUAAACAUAGUUUCAAAACACAUUUACACGUUAGGUAUGAAACGAAAAAAGUAAAGUCAAAGCGCAGAGAUGAAGCCAAGUGUGAAAUGAUUAAUACCGAGGAAAGGGCUAAAAAAGCACAUCAAGACAUGAUUAACGAUUUAAUGGACAGACAAAACAUGCUUAAGAAGGAAAUCAAAAUAAUUACUGAAUGUAUGGCACAGUUCGCUGUUUUUCUCAAAAACAAUGCAUUGACUCCUUUUAAUGACGCUUAUGAAGAGUAUGUUGAAUACCUUAUUAAGGUUGAGGAACAUAAAGAGUCAUUAAUACCCGGAUUUAGCAAACAAUCGAUACAACAAUUGCGUGACUUAUUGGAUCAGUAUCACCACGAAAAGGAUGUCAUACUUAGAUCAAUGAAAAUAGGAGAUAAAAGUCAUAAGUCUAUUACAUUGGAARACAUCGAUAAUUGUGUGAACAAAUUGUGUCGAUUGCCUAUAAGUGGCCAACAAUACGGGAUCACUUGGAUAUGCAAUUGA